CUCUUCCUGUAAGCGGCCAGAGGUGAGUGCUAACUCGGCGCCGGGCUCUCGGGGCGAAUCCUCCGCCAUCGUUGUUGUCGUGGCUCCGGGAGCGCUGGGGCGUCGCCAUCCCGGCAGCUGAGCUCCAAGGGCCAUGGGUCCUCGCCGCGGGUGGCCGUGCUCUGCGUGGAGGGGCGCGCGGGCGCCUCCGACUUGGAGCCCCGGGGCGUGCAGGCUGCGGAGCAGCGAGAGGGGGCGGGCAUGGGUGACGGGGCCAGGCCGCCGGCGGAGCUGCGGGGGGCUCGGACCGGACGGGGACGCCCGAGGCUCGGCUUCUACGGUCACCUGCCAAGAUGGUUCGCUACUCUCUUGACCCAGAAAACCCCACAAAAUCAUGCAAAUCAAGAGGGUCAAACCUUCGUGUUCACUUUAAGAACACCCGGGAAACUGCCCAGGCCAUCAAGGGAAUGCAUAUCCGCAAAGCCACCAAGUAUCUGAAGGAUGUCACCUUAAAGAAGCAAUGUGUGCCAUUCCGGCGGUAUAAUGGUGGAGUUGGUAGGUGCGCCCAGGCCAAACAGUGGGGCUGGACACAGGGUCGGUGGCCAAAAAAGAGUGCUGAAUUUUUGCUGCACAUGCUUAAAAAUGCUGAGAGUAACGCUGAACUUAAGGGUUUAGACGUAGAUUCUCUAGUCAUUGAACACAUCCAGGUGAACAAGGCACCUAAGAUGCGCCGACGAACCUACAGAGCUCAUGGCCGGAUUAACCCAUACAUGAGCUCCCCCUGCCACAUUGAGAUGAUCCUCACUGAGAAGGAACAGAUCGUUCCAAAGCCAGAAGAGGAGGUUGCACAGAAGAAAAAGAUAUCCCAGAAGAAACUGAAGAAACAAAAACUCAUGGCCCGGGAAUAAAUUCAGCAUAAAAUAAAGGCAGAUAAAGUUAAAGGUCUUCUGGUGGUCUUUAAUGAGCCCUGUUGGGAGUGAGGUGCUUUAACAUGGAGAAGCAUGUUAUUAAACAGUGAAAUAGAUGGUUCAAAACCACGUGACCAUGUAAA